ACUGCAACGGUUCCCAGUCGAUUUCAUCGCGUCGAGUGCGAGUGUGUUUUUGGCGUUCAUUGACAGAGGAAAAAAAGACAGGAUUUUAUUCGCAGAGCACCGCACGAACAAAUAAAUAGCUUAUGCAGGAAGGCACAAAUUGUACCCCGCGUUAAAAUAACCGAGAGAUUCGAGCUUUUUUUCAUUUGGGGGCUCAACAAAUUGGUUUUGUGUGGCUGCCAAUUUUGCCACAGCGACUGCAGUGAGUGAAAAAGUAGUAUCGAGAAGUUUCGUUUCGAGUUCGAGUUCGAGUACAUCCCCUUCAUUUGCUUCGGUUCAACAAAGUUUAGCAAAGAAAGCAACUGUUUCUCUGCAUAACACAAUAAGGGAGUAAUUAUGUCCGGAAUAGCGAUCGCGCGUCUCGGCGAGGAACGAAAAGCAUGGCGUAAAGAUCAUCCCUUUGGAUUUGUUGCGCGCCCGGUCAAGAAUGCUGACGGAACACUGAACCUGAUGACAUGGGAAUGUGCCAUUCCUGGAAAGAAGGGUACCCCAUGGGAAGGUGGCCUCUACAAGUUGCGUAUGAUCUUCAAGGAUGAUUAUCCGACCAGUCCCCCAAAGUGUAAAUUCGAACCGCCGCUGUUCCACCCGAACGUGUACCCCUCGGGUACCGUGUGUCUUUCGCUACUCGACGAGGAAAAGGAUUGGCGCCCGGCGAUCACGAUCAAGCAAAUUCUGCUCGGUAUCCAGGAUCUGCUGAAUGAGCCGAACAUUAAGGAUCCGGCACAAGCAGAAGCGUAUACUAUUUACUGUCAAAAUCGUCUGGAGUACGAGAAACGCGUGCGAGCACAGGCCAGAGCUAUGGCCGCCACCGAGUAGAAUUUCUAAUUUGGAACUGACCGAGAAAGAUCGAUUGGGGUGCGCGGAUUGGAUAUCAGUAUAAGCAGAAAGGGAAACUGUAAAAAAGGCUCAGUUACGGAGUAGUAAAAAUACGUGAUUGGAAAAAAGGGAAAGAUAUCCUAAACUAAGCGAACUACAACCAUAACUAUAUAUACAUACAUGAUAAUCUUUUCCACUUUUCAGAAGAUAAAGAAACGCUGAUAAAUUUAUUCAUGCUUAGUUGUAAGUCACUUUUAAUUAAUUUGAAAAGGGAGAUGAAUAAAAAAUGACAAGAAUCAGUAAAACACGA